AUGGUUAUGGACAUCAACAGCAGUCACGUGUCCGGCCACCUCCGAGCCUUCGCCCUGGAGGCUCCCCGCGAGCUGAGCAGCAGUGGGAUGGUGGCUGGCUCCCUGCACCCCCGCUGGCUGAAGAUCAUCCAGGAUGUCACCGCCAGCCCCAGCCCCGCUUCCAGCCUGGCGGCCGACAAUGACACUCGCUGCGGGGAGCAGAUCCUCAGCUACGGCAACAUGGAGAAAGUUGUUAUCGGGGCCAUUCUCUCCCUCAUCACUCUGCUGACCAUCGCGGGCAACUGCCUGGUGGUGAUCUCCGUGUGCUUUGUAAAGAAACUCCGGCAGCCCUCCAACUAUCUCAUUGUCUCCCUGGCUUUGGCCGAUCUCUCGGUAGCGGUGGCCGUCAUGCCCUUUGUCAGCGUAACGGACCUCAUUGGAGGAGAGUGGAUCUUUGGCCACGUUUUCUGUAAUGUCUUCAUUGCUAUGGAUGUGAUGUGUUGCACUGCUUCCAUUAUGACUUUGUGUGUGAUAAGUAUUGACAGGUACCUUGGAAUAACAAGACCACUUACAUAUCCUGUGAGGCAGAAUGGAAAAUGUAUGGCUAAAAUGAUCUUGUGUGUAUGGCUCCUCUCUGCCUCUAUCACCAUACCACCGCUUUUUGGUUGGGCCCAAAAUGUGAACGAUGAAAAAGUUUGUUUAAUCAGUCAAGACUUUGGUUACACAAUUUACUCCACUGCAGUUGCAUUUUAUAUCCCGAUGUCAGUGAUGCUUUUCAUGUACUAUCAGAUUUACAAGGCUGCUAAGAGGAGUGCUGCUAAACACAAGUUUGCUGGUUUCCCACGGCCAGAAGAAAAUGAAGGCAUGGUUUCUGUGAAUGGAGUUAUAAAGCUACACAAGGAAUCAGAAGAAUGUACAAAUUUUUCACGACUCCUUAAACAUGAUAGAAAAAACAUUUCCAUCUUCAAGAGAGAACAAAAAGCUGCCACUACCCUGGGAAUUAUUGUUGGGGCCUUUACUGUGUGCUGGUUGCCAUUUUUCAUCCUUUCAACUGCCAGACCCUUUAUCUGUGGUACAGCAUGCAGCUGCAUCCCAUUUUGGGUUGAAAGAACAUUUCUAUGGUUGGGUUAUGCAAACUCUCUCAUUAACCCCUUUAUAUAUGCCUUCUUCAAUCGGGACCUGAGGACAACCUAUCGCAAUCUACUACAAUGCAGAUAUAGGAAUAUCAACCGGAAACUAUCAGCUGCAGGGAUGCACGAGGCUCUGAAGCUUGCAGAAAAGCCAGAAUUUGUGCUGAAAAACUGCUCAAGAGAUAAACUUCUCUCAGGGAAAGCAAAGAAAAAAAUUAUCAGCAGAUCCUGUUCAUAG